AUGUCUGAGUUGCAAAAACUCUUCAAGCAAUGCCUGCCCAGUGACUUCUCCGUCUCAGGAGUCGAGCGCAGUAAGAUCGUCGAUUUUUUCGUUUGCCUCCAGUUCUGGCGCGGUCUACCGUCGUCAACCCCUGGGUUGACAGGAUUGAGGCAACAAUGGCAAUCAGAGCUGAAGAACAAGCCAGCUAAUAUGAUUGAGCACGCACUGAACCUCUGUAAGGCUGUUACAGCCGAUGGUUUCACUGCUGUGGCUUACCCCCCUAGGGGAAAGGGCUCUUCCGGAUACGCCGCCAAGGGCCAUAGAGUAGGCAAAGGUAAAGGCAAAGGCAGAG